UUCCUUUCUCAAGAUCGACAUAGCCCCAAAAGAGUUGGAUAAACAUGUAUGAUCGGGAGUAUGAGAACAGUACAACUCAAAUCAUUUCAAGACGGAUGGUUCCUUCGAGCAUUGUCAGUCCUCAUUCGCGUCUCUCGGCAUUCAAUACUGCAGAAAGCGCUCUCUCCCCUGCAGCAGCAAGGAAUUAAAAAGAAGAGAGAAGGAUCUAUAGGCAAGGAUAAACAUAAUUACCUCAGUGCCAUACUUAUACCUCAUGAAAAAUGGUACAGAAGAAUUCACUCAUUUGUAAACACAAAAUGAAUGCUUUCUUAUAUAAGACCACGAGUUAUAAAACAUCGCCAAGUCUAAGAACUAACAGUUACCAAGGUGCAGAACAAAAGCUAAUUAGAUUAAAACAGAAGAUUUAGGAAUGUGAAAACCAAAGCCAAGAAACCUACUUGUAAAUGUAGAUAUCCGCCUCCGGGCCCAGUGCACGGUUGCAUGAACCACAAUACUGCAGAAAACGGAGAGGCUGCAUCUGCAUGUUUCCAGGUGGCAGUGAAUGAAUAAAAAUGCCAACCUCAGUGUGGCUGCCCUGUGUUUCAUCCCUAGUUCCCGUUUCUGCCAUCUGAUCAAGCUUCUGAAAUCUUGAGGGUGUGGUGGCCAUUGUGAGGGAGCGCUUUAAGUUUUUCUAACGGGAUGGCACGGUAAUCUUUGCGGGCAAUUUGUUAGUUUGUGUGCUUCUCUCGCUAUAUAUAUCGACUUUGUCAGGUUACCUGUGUUGUUGUUUUCAGUACAUGGUUGAGAGAGAUGUCCGUGCAUAGAGAACUAGUGAUCCUUAAGAGUCGGCAGGCACCCUUUUUUUCCUUUUUAAGGGAAAGAGGACAUGGUAGGUGGGCAACCAUUUCUACAGGUUGAUUGAUGAUACUGACCUGAUGCAACAUUAGUCAUCCAGGAAAGCAUGGUCAUAUUAGUAAUGCAGUAAUGUACAGCAUGUUAACAGUUCGUAGAGUAGAUUGCUUAAUUUUGCACCACUCAUGUGCUUGGUGUUCUAUAGCUUGAAAUGUUUGCAGAUUAACUGAAGCAUAUGUGGACAAUGCAAUAUCAUAGUUCAUACUUAUCACUGGAAUGCAGAAUGAGGCUUCUUGCUGCUAAAAGUCCUAAUUGGGAUAGGAUGAUAGAAUCGUCUACAUAAAUAUUAAUUACUAUGCCUGGGCCAACAAGCUGUAGUUGAUGCUGUGUUCCUUCAAGAAAAAAAAUAUUUAAUUUGUGUUCCUUCAAGAAAAAAAAAUAUUUAAUUUGCAUCAUUUGAUAGAAGAAGACUAUUCAUUCCAACUUUUGUUAGUUGGUAAUUGUUAUCACUCAAAUAAUUGAGAAAAUGGCAGGUUCUUUUCAAAAGAGAAGAGAAGGAUAGAAUCUCACUAUCAACGCAUAACAUCAGCAUUGAUAGUUCUUUUCAGAUGUCAAUUCAGCCGUCUUUUAUUGGUUUCUUUUUUUUCUGCAACUAAACGACGAGGCACUGAUGUGCUUGUGCUGAUUUCACGAGAAGCCUUUUCUCCAUAUGUAGAACAUUAUUGUUGAGGAUUGUCCAUGUCCUCCUAUUCAGUAUUGGUCAUAGCUUAGGGAGGAAUUGCAAACAAGCAGCCAUGUUGGUUAAUAAGGAUUUGAAUUUCUAGAGUUUGCUGGUUGCAGUAUUUGAUUAUUCAUUCCAAAUUCAAACUCAAAUUAAGGUAAUUUGUUGUUAUUAUCACAAAAGGCCAAAACCUUAAACAAUUUCCGGACAUUGGAUUGAAAACGAGGGGUUGAGAUCAGACUCACCAGGUGACUGAUUUCCCAGCUCCUGUGAUCUCCUUCCGUCGAGUGAGCCACCGUCCCACGACAGAUCGAGCCGAUCCGAUGGCGAGCGGCGCUUACCCCGUGCAGCUCCUCCACCGCCCCGGCGCCGCCGAGGGCCAGUGGCGCAACCUCGGCGCCGCCUACGCCGCCGUGACCUUCCUACGCCCGCAGGGGCAGUCCCUCGUCCUGUACGCCGCGGGACCCGACGGCCAGCCGCAGCAGCCGCGGCGCAUCGUGUUCGUGUACCCGAUCCUCCCGGGCGACGCCUUCGAGCGGCUGGACGGCGCGACGCUGUCGUGGGCGGAGCCCGAGUGCGGGGAUGAGUUCGCGCUCUGCUUCCUCGACGACGCCGCGUGCGGGGCCGUCUGCGGCGCCAUCGCCCCGGUGGUGAGGACCCCGGCGGUCGACGGCAUCGCGGACAUCCUGGCGGGGCUCCGCGUGGCGAGGGAGGAGGGCGCGCCGGCGCCCGGCGGAGCGGACAUCGCCGCGCGGCUCGCGCAGCUCAGCAUCGGCCGCCCGUGAACUGAAAUCGAGGGGAACGGAAAACGCCAACCAGCUGCUGCUUUGAGCUAGGUUCCUUCCAGUUAGGCAGUUGUCGUCUUCAGUUGAGUCUUUCUCAACGCAGUUCAGCUGCCUGUUUAUGCUGUACAUACAGUUGUAUCUGCUAAAUGUGAUGGGAGUAAUAACGCCAGUGCUCUUCCCUCAUGUUUCUCUC